UCUAGUGCAAACAAUGUUUGCCUAAUUCAUGAACGGAUCAGACGUUGACGAGGAGGGAGUUGACAAUGGUAGACUAACACGUGCAAGAUCAAGUAGGAUCCCGUACGUGUUCAGGACCCUAGACGAGGGAGAAGAAAGACGGCUUCGUGCCGAACACAGAGCCUGUGUUCUCGCAACAUCGAGAGCAGCAGCAAACGUUGCAGCUAGGGAACAGGCUGCAGCAGCAGCCAGGGCAGUAACCAUGACUUCUUUAGCAGCAUCCUUCACUGCAACUUCUGCUGCAUUCUCGUCUGGACCCCAGUUGGGAAUGCCAACAGGGUCCGCGGGCACUUCCAGUUCAUCAGGUUCUAGACAGUCUACAAGUCAAAUGGCGGGCUCACAGUUCAGCCCGUUGACUCCUCGCGAAAGGGAGAUAUGGGAGCUCCUGCAGGUCGAAAGGAUCCGCGCACAAUUAGAGAAGGAACUGAAAGAAGCUACCGAUAGAGAAAGAGAGAUAAAGAAUAGAACAGCCAGGCUUGAAACGUUAGCGGCUGACAAGGCUGAGUUAGAGGGCAUGGACGACUCUGGAAUGAAUGAGCCCAUGAAAGUGUUGAGGAACAACAUGCUGUCACUGCAUGCGCACGUAGACAGCAGGUUGGACUUCAUGCAGAGCACUUUGGACCAGAUCCUGGACAUUUUGACAAGGCCAGGAUUUAGGCCACCAACACAAUCGCCGUUGCUGUUAUCGGCGAUGUCAGGCCCCUUUCCAGUUCAAGCUGGUACACAGCCUAGUGGUACGUCUGCAGCAGCUGCACAGACUGUUGCAUCUUCUUCUUCGGGUCCAGCAGUGAUUGCUACAUCACCACAACAACCUGUUCAGCAAUCUGGACAGCCGCAAGGUCAAUGGUAUCCCAAGACCCCAAUGAAACCACCUCUUGCCUUCUCAGGCGAGAGAAAGGACGAGGAACUCAACACAUGGUUGAGGACCGUCCCGGUUUGGGUGAAGGCAAAGAGGACCUUGCCUGAGGACGAAGUGGUUACUGCUGCAUCCUACCUUGAGGGUAAGGCAGCCAAGUGGUUAGAUGGUGUAGUUGUGAAGGCCGGAUACGGGCGACGCAUGGCGGAGUGGGCUAAGACUUUGACAUUAGAGCAGUUCAUGGAGAUGGUAGAAGCUCGAUGGCAUAACCCACAUGAGGCUCAAAGGGCCACUGAUGCCAUUAACAAACUCGACCAACGCAAGUUCAAGUCGGUUAGAGAGCUUACGACUACCGUCGAGAGCCUGAUCCUCGUUCCAGGCAUCAACUACAGUGACCAGUUCCUCUUAACUACGUUUGUUAGAUGUCUUCCUGAGAACAUGAGGAACUUGCUAGCCAGUGAGGCACACGUAGAGUAUCAUUCGUUUGAGACCUUGUCUAGGAAAGCCUUAGAUUUGGAGGCCACGCUAGGCAAUGCUCAACCCACCACCUCAGGGAAUGACUCAAAGAAGAAGAAGAGUCCUCAGGAGUGGAAGAAGAAGGGGGCGAAGUUGAUGAUGGUCGAGUCAGAUGGGACUCAAACUGAGAUCGAUGAGCUCUCUGACCUGAUGGACUACUCAGAGUAUGACGGCGAGGAGGUAGCUGAGGGUAGCACCCUCGCCACGGUAGUUAAGACUAAGGCGGCAGGCCGAGGGAAAGGCCAGCCUAGGGGUCAAGGGAAGGCCGCCUCCAAUCAGACCAAGCAAGUUGAAUGGGUAAAGGCAAGUCUUGAUCAAGACGUGUGGCGUGACCGCCGAACGCGUGGUGCUUGUAUAAACUGCGGGGAGUACGGACACUCACAGUUCAAGUGCCAGAAUGCUAAGGUUACGCAAAAGGUAGCUCCAAAGAUGGGGGAAACCUACACCCAGGCUUCUAGCUCGGGAAACGCGUAGGGCCAAUGAAAGUAUUAACCGUUU